UCAUCUCUCGCCGAUGGGAUUGAUACGCGUUUUCUUCACCCCGAGUGUUGGCCUGAAUUACAAUGGUGAAAAGUAGUUAACGUACGUGUGAAUAUAUUUUUCCGCUAAACAGUUUGUUAAAAUUUUACAACUUGGAUGAAGUUUUCGGUUUCGGUUAACGGUGAUAUUACGAGCAGAUGUAUUGUGAACGAUGUUCGAUGAAAUCUUAUGGCAUCAAAUAAAGUCGAAUGGUGAGGAAGAAUACACCAAGGAAUACCUUCCCACUGCGGUGGUUGUUGCCUGUGGGAGGAUGAAUGAAUGCCGGAGUGAAACGAUAGUGCAAACGAAAAUUCAAUGUGUGGAAUAGAAUAAUCGAUUCUAAAUUGUGUUAUUGUGAUGAAUAAAAAAUAAAGAGCAUUAAAAUGUUUUAUUGAAUGAAUAUGAAGCUGUUUCCGCUUUGAAAGAAGAAAUUUCGCUACAAUAUAGCGAUUGACGGUGCAAGUGUGUGUCACAAAGUCGUUGCGGUUCAUUCGGGUAAAGAAGAAAAUGAAAUAAAAGCCGUGUGCCGCCAUUUUAUUUCACAUCACACUCUUGAAUUCGCUCGCUCGGGUUGUCGCAGCAGUGAAGUGAUACUACAUCUACUCACACAUGUAUACAUCAAAGCACUAAACCAAGAAGGAAAAAAAUUGGGCAGGCGAUUUUCAUUGCAUUUUUUCUGCGGCAAAAUCGUGCUGUAAAAGUGGAAUUUUCCUGGAAAAAAACAUAAAUUGUGGAAGUUUACUAUGCAAAGAUUGCGAGUGAUAUGAAGUUUUCCGCGGAGAAGUGGAAUUUUAGGUGCAAAGAUUGAAAAUAAGUCCCUGAAAAGUUUUGCUUGAAUCUGAGCGCUGACUUGCACAAAUCACGCACACAUUGACAAAACGAGAGUGAAAAGCAAUUACGUUGUACUCACACAAUCAACCGUUCGACGUUUGACGGACUGGCGCUGGUGGUGCUGCGUUCGACGAAUCGAAAACGGUACCAAGUUCGCUGCGCCUGGUGCUGCUUAUGCUGGGACGUACGUGUUUGAAGCCGUGUCUGCGGAUGUGUGCGUGUGCAUGAGUGCCGCGCCGUAGGGUCAAGUGAAGCGCCUGUGUUCUUCACUAGUGGCUUGUGUGUUGUGCUUAGGCCGUGUUUUUCCUCGCGAUUUUCAUGUGGAUUAUCCCUAUAAAAACACAGCAUUCUCCGGAAUCCCAUUGAUUUGUGAUGAUACUCAGCUGAUUGCGUACGUCCUCGCGAGACCUGAGUCGGCUUAGUACAGUCGCUAUGCAACAAGGAUCAGGAUCAACCACCCCGAGCGCGGCGCCUGCACCUGUACCACCAGUAUCGUCGGAAAAGAUGGAUGAACCGCCGCCACGUAACGAACCGGUUGUUGAACCGGUGAAUGGCAUCGUUCAGCCUCCCGUAGUACCACCGCCGGAGCGGCCUGGUCGACUCACCAACCAACUGCAUUUCCUACUGAAAACGGUAAUGAAGGCCGUCUGGAAGCAUCAAUUUUCAUGGCCAUUCCAACAGCCAGUGGAUGCAAAAAAACUGAACCUUCCCGACUACCACAAAAUUAUCAAACAACCGAUGGAUUUGGGCACCAUCAAGAAACGGUUAGAGAACAACUAUUACUGGACUAGUAAAGAGACUAUACAAGACUACAAUAUUAUGUUCUCGAAUUGUUACGUGUAUAAUAAACCGGGCGAAGAUGUUGUCGUUAUGGCUCAGACCCUUGAGAAACUGUUUCUCACCAAAGUGUCGCUAAUGCCGAAGGAUGAAGUGGAAAUGGAUGUCCCGGCAACGAAGGGAACGAAGAAAAAACCAGCUGCCCGUCAGCUUGCUCCUCCGGGAACACUAGUCGGAAGUGCGCCGGUAGCUGCAGUUGGAGUACCACCACCAGUCCCCGCCACAGCUGUUGCGACGGUCGCGGCGCGUGCACGGCCUAGCUCUGCCCUUGGCAGUGCAGUUACUUCAAGCGUUCCGCCAACUAAUGCAGCUCCAACGGCACCGACUGUGGUGCCAAGUGUGCCACCUAUUGGUACCCUACCUCCCCAAACCGUGCCCGGUAGCACAAAUACAACUACAACAGCAACGCCGACCGUAGUCAGUGCAGCGCACAAUGUUCUUGCAACACCGGUAACGCCCGUGGCAACGAAGCCGGUUCCUCCGACCACUUCGCCCUACAUUGUGAAUAGUUCACAGUCUGGAAUUGAAACGGUCUUACCUCCCCAGCAACCUGCUAAAGUCAAGAAAGGUGUUAAAAGAAAGGCCGAUACCACCACACCCACUGCAACUGCCUACGAUCCACACUAUGGCCCCAACCUGGACCCGAGCAAUCCUAAAAUCGCCACCCGACGGGAGUCUGGACGACAGGAAAUUGCACCAUUCCAGACAUCGACGUAUCCUAUUUCGCCAUAUCAGGGCUCGGGCGCAGCUCAGAAUCCACCGAAGAACAAGGAGAAACUUUCGGAUGCGCUCAAAUCGUGCAAUGAAAUCCUGAAAGAGCUGUUUUCUAAGAAGCACUCCGGAUACGCGUGGCCGUUCUACAAACCGGUGGACGCAGAACUGCUUGGUCUACACGACUAUCAUGAUAUUAUCAAGAAGCCAAUGGAUCUGGGCACCGUGAAACGAAAAAUGGAUAAUAGGGAAUACAAGUCAGCAAACGAAUUUGCUGCUGAUGUUAGGCUUAUAUUUACAAAUUGCUACAAAUAUAACCCUCCAGAUCAUGACGUCGUUGCUAUGGGUCGCAAACUACAAGAUGUGUUUGAGAUGCGUCUGGCAAAUAUACCGGAUGAACCGGUAAAUAAUGUUACGCCUAACCAGAGUAAGGAGACCGACUCCUCGUCUUCUAGUGAAUCGCAAGCUAGUGAGGAAGAAUCUGAAUCGGACGAGGAGUGCAAUCAGAAAUUAAAAAUGCUGGAGAAACAGCUUUUCGAAAUGCAGGAACGUAUGCGAAAGCUCGCCGAGGAAGCAUCGAUGAAAAAGAAAGCCAAGAAGAAGAUGAAAGAUAAGAAGAAGCAGCUGACAUCUGGGGGUUCUAGUGAGGUGAAACAGGGUAUGGAGGUGCACGCAAAUCCGCCACAUGUUGCUGCUAAAGCAGUGCACCAAGUGACUAGUAUUCCACAACCACAGAUUACUAGUGCCGUUGCCGCUCCCGCGAUCCCUCCGGCAGUAACUACCAAAACAAAAACGAAAAGCCAGCGAGCACCGAAAGCGGGUGCCACUCCGAACGCACCUGCUAAGCGCGCUAAAGGAGCUGGUGCUGCUGGAACCGGUGCAACACGAGGUCCUAACAAAAAGAAAGGUUCUCAAAAUGUUGCACACUUUGACUCAGAAGAGGAAGACACUGCUAAGCCAAUGUCAUACGACGAGAAAAGACAAUUAUCGCUCGAUAUAAAUAAAUUACCAGGUGAUAAGCUCGGUCGCGUUGUACAUAUUAUUCAAAGCCGAGAACCAUCGCUGCGUGACUCUAAUCCGGACGAAAUCGAGAUCGACUUCGAAACUCUCAAGCCAUCAACGUUGCGAGAAUUAGAAAACUACGUUGCCUCCUGUUUACGCAAGAAAACCCGUAAGCCUUACUAUAAAAAAGUAUCCGGAAAAUCGAAAGAUGAACAAAUGGCUGAAAAGAAGCAGGAGCUUGAGAAACGGUUGCAGGACGUUACCGGUCAGCUGGGAACGGCCAAGAAAAAUGCGAAAAAGGCUGAUGAGGCAGCGAAGCAGGACGUAGCACCUUCAGGUGGAAACAUUUCAUCGAGCAGUAGUUCUAGCGACUCGUCAUCGUCCAGUUCCAGCGAUUCCAGUUCGAGUGAUUCCAGCGACAGUGAAGCAGAAUCUGGUCGUCCACCAAAGAAAAAGAAGAAGGACUCAACUUCACCACUGCAAGCACCAGCAACCAAUCCGACUACACCUGCAACAUCUUCGACGAAUGCCACGACCGUUACAGCUCAGAACAUUACGGCGUCGUCGGUGCCAUCCACCGUUCCUAACAGCAUCUCGUCCCUUCCUAACACUGCGCCGACUACAUCUGCAUCCAUCGCUCCCCAACUGACGCCCCUGAACCCAAUCCCAUCUGUAGUAGUUCCUUCAUCGACUCCGGCAGCUUUAACGACAACGAUACCGGCUGGUCCUAGUACUCCAAGCAUCCCGAGUGUAAACCCAACUUCGGCGCCCACUCAAACUACCCCACAAGCACAAACUUCAACCACUACGACGACACAGCCCACCCCCAUACUGUCGCAAACAUCUCAACAAUCGUCACAUCAAGGACUACCAGCAGCGUUACCCGCUAGCGGUGGUGUUGUGAAUAACACUAUUAGUAACAGUAGCAAUUGCAAUAACAAUAAAAAUAAUAACAUCCAAGUUCCAUUGCCAACGCCGUCACCAAAUACGACAACAAUGUUACCUUCCAAUUUGUUGUCUACUAGCAGUAAUAGUAUGAAUAACAUCAACAAUGUUACACAGCAAUCGCAUCAACAGCCCAACCAACAACAAUCUCAAACGCAACUGGGCCAGCCUAGUAAUAAUGGUUUAUCGUCCAGUAAUACCAACGGUAUGAGCAAUGCGCUUAACAUACCCACUUCACAGAUACCAGCAGGCCUAGCAGCAAUUAACAGCCUAGCCAACAUGGCUAGUGCUGGCAUGCAACAGCAUAUGCAGUUACCUCAACCACAAACUCAACAGCAGAUGGGAAAACAGCAAGCGAAUCAGUCCGGACACAUGCCGCUUCAAUUACCAACGGGACGUACUUCAUCUAAUAACCCGCAGAUGCAUGGUUUGGCUAGCUUUAUCGAUCCACUAGAGCACUCCUUGGCAUCCUUUGAAAAGAACGAUACAACUGCGUUAGGUUUGAAUCUACUAAAUGACCUGCAGACAUCGCUGAAACAGGAACUUUCCGCUAGCAGUCUGCAGGCCCACGCAAAUUUACUGCCACCGCUGGAGUUAAUGACGCAUUUACAAAACCAGAUGCACCACUCUAAUAACGGCUUCAACAAUGAUUUUAAUGGCAAUGGACCUUUGAAUGGCAUGGGAAAUCUCGCAACUAGUGUUGGUAUGAGUCAAAUGCUAAUGAAUUCAAUGGCGAAUAGCAAUCCGAUGCUCGGUAAUAUACCUAUGUUCGAUCCGCUGCAGAACCUUAUGCGCCCGUCCAGUUACCAAAAUAAUCCAAAUUUGACUGACCGCACUAUUGAUUUAACGGGAGGUAGUACCAGCUCUGGAGUGAUUCCCAAGAAAGAAGAAGGUAAAUUUAUGCUAACACCUAAACCUAUCGAAGACCUGCUGAUGAAUCCUAGUGACAAAAAAAUGAGUGGCACACCUCCGGACGUAAAAGGUAGUUUGUCGCAUGCAUUCAAGUCGGCAGGGCAUGACCAAAGUUUGAAAAAUGCGUGGUCUUCACUGGCAUCAGCCGGGUCACCACAGAGCACUCCUACCUCAGCCAAGCCGAAACCAGCGAUGGAUAUGUUCCAGGCGUUCAGGAAUAAAGCGAAAGAAAAACUUGACCGGCAGAAGUUACUGCAACAGCAGGAGCUGAAACGCACCCAGAAGGAACAAGCCGAGAAGGAACAACUCAAACGACAGCAGGAACAGCAACAGAAGGUCAAACAGGAGGAAAUCAACAACGGACGGAAAGUUGUCGCGGAACCAAUACCCACCCGGGUUGUGGAAGAGAUUAAAGCAUCUCCCCAGGGAAGCCCUUCGCCAGCAACUCCGACCACACCGCAUAAUUUGGACAGGUCAGCUGCUAAACGGGCUGAACUUAGAAAAAUAGAACAGGAACGUCGCAGGCGAGAAGCGAUGGCCGGACAGAUUGAUAUGAAUAUGCAAAGUGAUUUGAUGGCUGCGUUCGAAGAGUCUCUGUAAGAGUGGUUCCUUGUUAUUUUCCGGUACGGGUUUCAUCUGUUCCCAACGGGUUUUGGCAACCGAAAUCCUCCGCAUACCACCGAAGCAAACUGUACACGAAAGCAGUUGAAAACUGGUUGCUUUCUUAACAAAUUGUGUUUUCGAUAGAAGAAGAAGCGACUGGAGGAAACUCUCGUCAAAAAAGGGAAAAGCAGCAGAUCAUUGAGACAUUGAGGUCGUAAAUAAUAUGCUAUUAAGUUAGUGACAUUAUAAUUUGUGAUAUAACGUAAAAAUAUUAAAAAUAUAUAUUUAAAUUGAACACAGUAAACGUAAAGUGUAACUUUCAGAGUUAGAAAAAUGUCUCAGCAUGUCCUUAUGCAGAGCAAGCGGCUUUAGUGUAAGAUGACAACGAUUAUGGAUAUAAAAGAUUUGUGACUCAGAUAUGGUAGGGAAUACAAAAGUGGAGUUUUUUUUUUUUGAAAAUCAAUGUUAGUUCAGCGUUGACAUGUUAGUAAUAAGCAAUUCGCUAAAUAGCCAAAAAGGAAAUAAAAAAAAAAAAAGAUAUUCAGACGUGAA